AUGCCACGCUCAUCAGCUGCGGCUAGGAAGAACCAGAGCAAUCGACAGGAAAAUGGCGUCGUCGGUCCCGGCAAGAAAGUGACCAAGCAGAAAUCCAACGGCCAUCUGAACGGCAACUCGGGCAACGGCUCAGCUACCGCUCCGGGCGCGUCCGUUCCCUGCGAUCUAUCCUCCGUCCGUUCUACAAGCGAUACGGCCCUGAUCUCGCCGCCGGUCGCCGCCAAGGGAGAUAGUGCGAAGGAUGGCAAUGUGCGUGGGGUGUUGAACGGCCACAGCAAAGGUGGAGACAUGGCAUCGGCGCAGGACAGUGAUGGACCCCAGAGUGGUGGUAUCGCAGGUCAUGGCGCUCGCAAUGGAGCCUCGAAACGAUCCGGUUCCAAUGCCUCCAUCAAUCCGCUACAGCUCGCUUCCACCAUUCUCAAGUCGUGCCCCAUGUACGACACCAUCGCCAUUUUGAUUUUUCUGCUCCAACUUCCACCAAUGGUUCUGACUCUGGUUCAAUUUCUUUUCGCCUCUCUCACUUUCAUGCCCCCCAGUGGUGCCGCGGCCGGUUCUUUGUCGUCGAAUUUCGACAUCUUUCAGGGUCCGGCGGGGACGCCCUCAUUGGGAACUAUGAUUGCGAUGGACGGGUUCUGCAUACUGCUCUGGGGCCUUUUCAUGUGGACCUGGGCGCAAAAUUUCGCCAUCGACCUUGCCCACGUUCAAGUUGCUAUCACUUUGGGCGGCGGGGGUUCCGGGAAAAACGGCGGGGUCAACGCUCUUUGUGUCGGAAUUGUUCUGCUGCUUCACCUCGUUCGCAGCAAAGGCAUACAAGAUUUUGUUCUGGGCCAUCUCGUCUCCGCUAAAUUGCUCAGUCCCGACAUUCUUUCCCAAUUUUCGCACCUGCUACCCGCCGAGUUCCGACGCUCCGAAGCUCAAUCGUCCCCAAGUUGGCUUCGUAGUCUUCUUGCAGUUCACAUCCUGGCACAAGCGGGAACCGCGAUGGCACGACGCUCAAUGGCAAAAAAUCGGUCCCCGACACCGUCAAGGACCGGCAAGAGGGGAGACACGGAGGCUUCUGCAGGCUCGCAGGGACAACCCGAUUCCGCCCUGGAAUCUGCUGCCAGUGUGUCAUCCUCUUUGGUCGGCCCUGAUGGUCAAUUGAAAGACGGAAAGGAUCGAUUUACAUCCGCCAAAAAACGGAGACGACAAGCAAAUCAAGUUCGAAGCCGGCAGCCGUUCUGGGCUGCACUCGCCAGUACAAAGGUCACAGUUAUGCGAGAAUACGAACAUUCGCGAGCUGUUUCCAAGACAGCACGCAAUCUUACGAUGACGGAGGAGGAUCUUCAAGGUGUUUCUCUCGACGACGGACUAGUAUGGAUAACGGACGUGGACAGCUCUUCGAUCAAAUUCGCCGCGGGCGAAUUCACGGAUGAUCCAGCGGUCUCAGGCUCCUAUGAAUCCGGACGCGUGGAAGGGGAUGCGGAGCCGUUCUAUGUUUGCGUCAAUGGUGCGCUCUGGGCCACCGCCACGAUAUGCAGGGUCUCAGACGCCAAGGGACCGAGUGUAGUGCAAUGGCGUGGUGAAAUCGCGGGACUUGCUCCCAAUUGUGCCUAUACCUGUGCGUUUGUGCGUCUUGAUAACGACGAGGAAAUCUGUGUCAUGAGUGUCAAGACGCCUGCGACGGCCGACACAGAGCAAGUUAUUUCCGCGAUAUCGACACCCCCGCAGCCGCCAUACCGUCCAUCAUCCCCCACUACGACGCUCAAAAACUCCAUAGUGAACGCAGAAUCCAAACUCAAUGAAAAACGCAACCGCCUGAAGAAGACAAAGAACGACCACAAAACGGCAAUCUCGAAAAUUCGCAAGGAACUUGACAACUUUAACACUCGACUUCACAGUGGAACUGACGAGAAUCGACAAAAGCAGCGUUCGCUGCAAUUGGAACGAAACAUCAAGCAGACCGAGGAAGCCACGGCAGCACUUGAAGCUCAACUCGAUACUAUGGAGACAGUGCCGGAGGAAGAAAUGGAGGAAUGGCGAUCGCACAAAGAAGACUUCGAACGGGAGGUAGAACGCUUCAAUGCUAUCAAGGAAGAGGUUACCGCCGCUCGCACGGCUGCGGCACAAGAAGUUGCGGCAUUGGAGGCGGAUUUAACCCAAGUGGUUCAGAAGCGAGAGCGUCUCCAAGGUCGCCGUACUCGGGUGAACGAGCAGUAUGAGCGCAUCAUUUCAGCCAAUGCCCAGGGAUUGAAUGAAAGAGAGCGUCGAGCUGCCGAACAAUUCGCCAGAGAGCAAGACCAAUCCAAAAUGGAGAGCAACUUCCACGAGCAGUUCGCAAGCAUCAGCCAAUCUGUCCAGGAUUUCCAACUUCGCACGAGUCAAUUGUGGCAGCAGGCAUCCUCGAUUGAGCAGGCCAUCCAGGUACAACAACAACAGAUGCUCCUUGAUUCAGGUCCCCUCACCCCCGAGGGCAACCUGCCAGGAACCAAUCCAACACCUGAAACCAGUGUGCCUCAUUUGAACACUACGACCACUGCGCCUAACGUUCGGUCUCUCUUGGGUCUCAGCUUCCCCCCAGCCAGAUCUAGCCCACUGCAGAUCUCAUCGUCGCCAAUCCGCGAGGAUUCAUCGAACCCCGCCAGUCCGUCCCAAGACCUUCCUUUCCUUCCACAAUUCCCGGCCUCUCCCGCCGGAAACGUGGGGUCGUACUUUGCGCCAGACAUCAAUCACCGGGAUCGUUCGUUCUCCAAUCGUUCCACUCACAGUAGUCAGUUUGGCUCCGACUUUUUGGAUGCGAAUCGCAUACCACCUCUACAGAUCGAUUUGUCGGAGCUUCUUGGUGAAACGAAAUCGCGGCCCAGCCCUGAUUCAUUUCUUCAUGGAACUGGCCGUCCUGUUCUGAGUCCCUUCCAGCGAGCAGCAAGUCGAGGUAGCGGAACUGGCAGUGGCAGUGGUGGCAGCGGCAGUGGGAGUGGCAGCCCACACUCGUCUCGAGACUAG